AUGACUCCACAGGCUGGACAAUCCGACGCGAGACCUCGACAAGUCGGGGUCGGGGUCAUCGGAAUCGGCCGAAUGGGCCGUCAACACGCGCUGAAUUUACUCAGAACACCGUCCGCCAAGCUUAUAUGCGCCUGUUCUCCUGCGCAGGCUGAUAUGGACUGGGCUGGCAAGAGCUUGGCCCCCUAUGGCGUUUCUAUCUGGUCGUCCUUCGAAGAUAUGUUGAAUGCCCCGGGACUGGAAGCGGUAGUGAUAGCUUCCGCCACACCCUUUCACCAGCCUCAAACACUUGAGUGCAUUAGACGAGGCAUCCAUGUGCUCUGCGAGAAGCCAGUCGCUGAGAAUACCAGUCAGGUAGAAGAGCUCCUCACAGUUGCCCGAGCCCAUCCGACUGUAAAGGUCAUGGUCGGAUUCAUGCGCAGAUUUGAUGAAAAUUACCUGGAUGCAUUCUCGCGCAUUGGGCGUGGGGAGAUUGGCGAGCCGUUAGUGAUUCGUUCUCAGGCCUACGACACGCUCGACACGAGUCCACAGUACAAAGAGUACCUCAAAGCAAGCGGUGGGAUCUUCCUCGAUGCAACCAUUCAUGACAUCGACUUGGUGCUGUCCUUCUUUGGACGGGAUGUUCGGCCAAAAGCCGUUUGGGCCGCAGGACUCAGAUCCUAUCAUAAAGAACUGUCGACGACUAUGGACGCAGACAACGCGGUCGGCAUUUGCGAGUUUCACGAUAGCAAGAUCGCCUUCUUCUAUAACUCAAGGACCUCCCCUCGUGGGUUUGACAACCAGACUGAGAUCGUGGGCACCUCCGGGAAAAUCUCCGUGAACCUCCUCUGUCGACAGAAUAAGGUGGAGUCUGCGACAAAGAUGGGAUCAGAAUCGAACCGACUGACAGCUGAGGAUGCGCUCAAAUCUCUACAAAUCGCAGAGGCGUUGCAACAUAGUCUGGUUACCGGCGAGAAAGUGGAAUUCUCCAAUCUGAAGCCGAGAAUCUAA